AUGUCAUCUCAUGACCUAUACCUGUUAGCGCCGGAGAUCAGCCUGGCUGCACUCGCAGCCAUUCUGGUGCUGGUGGAUCUGGUCGUCAGAAAAAAGACCGUGCUGCCAAUUCUGGCAGUGCUCGGCCUCGCCGUGCCCCUCGUAUUCAGCCUGAUGCUAUGGUUCGACCUGUCUGCCGGCGACACAAUGCAGAUGCACGGCAUGUUCAACACGCUCGUUGUUGACAAGUUCAGCCUCUUCUUCAAGUUCCUGCUCAUCGCCGCCGCAGGCGUUGUCAUCCUGUCCUCCACCGACUACGUGAAGAACGCAAUCAGCUCCGCGAUCCUGCUCUACGGCAUGGUCAUCGUGUACGGCUUCACCGGCACCACUUCGCUGCCCGAGAUCGCGCAGCAAAUUGGCGGCAUGGAACUCAGCGGCGGCACUCCGUUCGGCAGCAACGCCCUGCUGUUCGGCAUAGUCCUGAUGAUUGCAGGCUUCGGCUUCAAAAUCGCCAGCGUCCCCUUCCAGAUGUGGGCGCCCGACGUGUACGAAGGCUCCCCCACACCUAUCACGGCCUUCCUCUCCGUGGCAAGCAAGGCAGCAGGCUUCGCGGUCAUCCUCCGCGUCUUCUACAUCGCCUUCCCAGCUGACACGCUCAGCCUCGACUGGAGUGCGACAUUUGCCGUCCUCAGCGCCCUCUCGAUGACGAUUGGCAACUUGGUCGCCAUCCGUCAAGACAACAUCAAGCGCAUGAUGGGAUACAGCACAAUCGCGCACGCGGGCUACAUUCUCGUCGGUCUCGCCGCAGUCGCAACGCGCACGCCCGGCGCCGAGUCGUCAAUAGGGACCAUCCGGAUAAACAGUGACCGGAUUGACGACUACGCCGGAAUGGCGCGCCGAGCGCCCAUCCUCGCGACGGUCCUGACGCUCUCCAUGAUCUCCCUAACCGGCAUACCCCCGGCAGUCGGCUUUUGGGCAAAAAUCUACCUCUUCGGCGCGGCAGUCGAAGCAAACCUCGAAUGGCUCGUAGUCAUCGGCGUGGUCAACAGCGUCGUAUCAGCCUACUACUACCUCCGCGUAGUCAAGGCGAUGUUCCUUUCAGAACCCACCUCCGAGGAGCGCGUAGCGUUCGGCCUGCCCAUGCAGCUCGCGGUCGCCAUUGGCUUCAUCGGCACACUCAUCUUCGGCAUAUACCCCACGCCUCUCCUCAACCUCGCCCGAUCCGCCGCCGGCGCCCUACUGUCAUAA